CGUUCUUUACGUGGCAGCUCGAAAACACUUUGUUGCCACCUAUACAUCAUGCAUUGUCUUCAAAAGUUCAACACUACAAGUUUCCUUUCAUUUCACAGAUAUACUUCUUCUUUGUCUCUCUCUCACACCUUUUUCUCCAUGUAUUUCUCUGUUUCCACGCUCUGAUACUGUGAUGAAAGUUUUGAACAUGUGAUUAUUAAGAAGGAAGAUCACAUAAUUUACUGUAUAAUGGAACUAAUUUCAGAGCUAUUGGCUAGUGUAAUACUCUUGUUGACAAGGGUUUUCACUAUAAUUAAGCUGGUAUGUUUUUUUCCUAUCAGAACUGGAUUAAUUGUGAUUAACACUUGGACAGAGUUGUUUAGAAAUGCAAUAAUCUUCAAUGUGAACAUAAUAUUGAGAUUUGUCUCAUCGGUGUUGGGGCUUUUCUUCUUACCUGCAAGAGUUGUGAGUUCCAUUGAAAGGGAGAGGCAGCUGGAACGAAAACUACAUCGAAUGCAGACUGAGAUGGAGAGUCUCGAGUGGAAUCAGAAGAAACUUCAAGAACGGUUCCAGUUGGCUGUCAAAGAAUGCAAAAUGAUGGAGAUGUUACUGGCAGAGCUCGAAGAGGAACACGAUUUGACCAUUGCCAAAAUUGAAAACUUAGAGGGAAAGUUGAGGGAUCAGAUAAACGAAAAUCGUCGGCUCAAAGAAAAUCAAGGAAAAGGAUACUGGAACUUGAAAAAUCAAAACAUUGAUAAUGACAGAAAGGUUGAUGAUAGCAUUCCUCCUCCUACCCUGCCAUGGAAAUCCAGUUAUAGCGAAAGUGAAGUUUCCCUUCAGGAUCUUCUCUCGCGCAAAGAUAUAUGGCAAGACGAGAGCAAAGCUAGAACCGAGCUGUUGAAACUCUUGAAAACAGGACAAAAAUCUGCGCCGGCUAAACCAGAACCGGUCUCUAAGGAUGCAGUAGCAGAAGUGCGUGAAGUACUUGAUCAUCGUCGAGAAGUUGCUAUUUCACGAUCGAUUUUCAGCGCGAUUUUGUCGCUUAUUGUAGGAGUGACUGUUUGGGAAGCUGAUGAUCCUUGCAUGCCUCUAGUUGUGGCUCUCUUUGCUGUUGUAGGCAUGUCUUUGAAGAGUGUGGUGCAGUUUUUCUUCAGUAUUAGAAACAAACCUGCUUCUGAUGCUGUUGCUCUUUUAAGCUUCAAUUGGUUCAUUCUUGGUACUUUAACAUACCCUACACUACCAAGGGUGGCACCUAUGUUGGCUCCACUGGUGUUGCGUUUUGUAGACCAAGCCAUAAUCCGAUUUGGUCUUUUAUCCUUAGUUUGAUAUUGUUUUUGUUUUUAGUUUGUGUUUUAUUAUGUGCAGUAUAAUGUGAAUUAUGAGUCUCUUUUUUUGUGUGUAAGUGUAUCAUUCAUACUGCAUGUAAAAAAUGAGAGGAGUAUGUUUAAUUUGGUUGUCUGUGGUUA